UAACCAUGGUAAUUUUGCACCAUUAAUCUAUGUACUAGUAGUAGAAAACUGGGCAACAUGUCAACACUAAUUUUGCCUUUGUGCCUUUUACUAUUGCGCAUCACCUCUUUGCACUGCGUUAUUACUGCGUAGCUGCUUACGACCUGAUCAAGGCCCGACAGGAAUUAAUAAGUGAAUAUGAAAUAAGUUCACUUUCGACAUUUAAAUGCUGAGUUUGAAUUGCGUCCUUAUCCACAAUACCAGUAUAAUAUGUCAGUUAAUUUAUAAUAUCGGUGUACCCGAGAUUCUAAAACAGUAUAACACCCCAUUUUAACUGACAUGAUUAGCCAACUAUGAUCAUAAUGAUCGAGUAAGCGUGAGACCCACAUGAGCCCCAUAUAUCAGCGGUCAACUCUUUUUUUCCUUCAUCGCCCCUUCUCUCUACCCAUCCCUCUUGCCAAUUUCUCUCCACCGGUGGAGAAGGCCAGAAGGGCGGUGAGCAGCGGGAAGAAGGAUAGCGGCCAAUGGGAGAGGGGUGACAACCAGUGGACUAGAAGACCUUGAGCUUGCCACGCGGCUGCUCGAGCAACCCUCACCCUCAGGAACCCAGCAUCGACCUCGAUUGCGUAACAUCAUGUUGCCCCCUCGGCUUACCCCGAUGGCAACACAAGCUACGUGGCCAAGGUCACUACGGGGUUCUUGAGCAUGAUGGCUUUUCCAGCAGCUGCUCCAGUUCCUGUCGGGAGAGAGAUGGGGAAAAGGGAUGGGUAGAUAGAUAUUAGGUAAAGGGACUCGGUAGAGAGAGUUGGCUGCUAACAUAUAAGACCCAUGUGGGUCUCACGCUGACUCAACCAGAUUGAUAAUAGUCAACUCGUCACAUUAGUUAAAACUGGAUGUUAUACUAUCAUGUGACCUCGGUUACACCGAUUUUGCAAAUUGGUUGAAGGACACAAUCUAAACUCAUAGUCAAUAAGAGAGACCUAAAGUGAACUUAUUAUAAUGAAUAUUGACUAUUGAGUUGGCCCAGCAGCCCACCAUGUUCAUAAGAAUAAGGUCCAUGACAACUGCUGCUCACCUACUCUCCGCCUCUCCCAGUCUCCUGUUCGUUCCUCUCUCCCAAGUCUAGGGAUGAAAGUGGUUGGAAAUGGUCGGAAACGGCAUCAUUAUUUUAUUAUUUUUUAAAAAACAAGCAGAAACGGUCGAAAAAUUUUCAUAUUCAUGAAUUCAUCUAUUUAGUGUCAACUUCAAUGCCACGCCGAUAGAAAUUAAAAAAACUAAAUUUUAAAAACGAUAACCAUCGAUAAAAAUAUUAUUAUUAUAUUAGUUUUUCGGAAACGGUAUCGGUACGGUCGGAAAAUUUCCAUACCGUUUUCACCCCCAGCCAAGUCCCAACAACGUUCCGAGGUCACAGCGCUCGUCCGGGCGUCCAUCGCUGCCAAUUUCAGGCCCGUUGUUUUGGCGCCCGAAUCCCCCUCCCGCAUUUUUCCCCUUCAGAAAACCCCGCGCGCGCGGCCUUCUCGAUUCCUGCCCGUCCGAUCCGCCCUCACAGCCUCACCGCCUCAUCUCCGCCGUCAAUUGGCCCUAACCCCACCGACCACCCGCGGCCCUCGUCUUCCUCCUCGCCGCGCCCCCUUUCACAACGGAGCCGGGCGCUGUCCCCCCCUCCGCGCUGCACCGCAAACCAGCCGCCGCCUCCCGUCAAGACCGUCCUUCGCCGCUGCAGCCGUGAGGGCAUCCCUCCCCCUCCCCGCCGAGCGAGCUACACCGGCCUCUUUCCCCCCCUGCCCCGUGCUGGACGCCACCGCCGCGUCCGUUUCUUCACUCUCCGUCUUUCCAAGCAGCAUGACGAGAGGCGAGAAGGGGAUGCAGCCCAAGAUCAGUGCGUUCUUCAAGCGUCAGGCCCCCGAGCCCGAGACGAGCAGUGGCGGUGACACGCAUAGGGAAGGAACCUGCGGGACGGAGGUGAAGAGGCCCAAGAGCUGUGCGGAUGGCAAGGUCCUCAACAAGAAGAGGAACUACGCGCAGUUCCACCUGGAGCUUGGGCAGCCCGAUUUUCUCCUCCACAUGUGCUCGGUUUGUGGCAUGAUGUAUGCCCGCGGGAACGACGACGAUGAGAAGGCUCACAAGGCAUACCACAAGAGUUACUUCGAGGGUGUCCCGUUCAAGGGUUGGCGCAAUGAAACCGUGGUCGCGAGGUCUGAAGGUGGGGAUCGGAUAAUUCUUGUGACUGAUGAAAAUUCAUGUGCUCGGAACAGCAAGGUCCAGGAGGUGAUCAAAGUGGUACAGAAGGAGCUGGGGUUUGGUGAAGGUCAGCUCCUUCACAAGCUUUGUAAGGUAUAUUUGUUCAUAUCUAGUCAGAGGAUAGUGGGAUGCCUUGUUGUGGAACCAAUCAAAACAGCACAUAAAGUGAUUCCAGGCUCCACAGAGGAAAACGGCAGUGAUCUGCCUGUUGAUAAAAUUGAACCAGUCAAAACAAACCAUACAUUAGCGUUCGGGAAAAUCAGUUUUAAGAGGGAAGUCCUGAAACGGCAUGAUCAUUCAGACAAGAACAAAGAAGAGUACCGAGAUCCUGGUGCUAUAAUAUGUGAAAAGGAAGAUGUUCCUGCACAUUGUGGAUUUCGAGCAAUUUGGGUUGUACCGUCACGCAGAAGAAAGCGAAUAGGGUCACAACUGAUGGAUGCUGCUAGAAAAAGCUUCCUUGAAGGCGAGACUUUGUGCAUCUCACAGUGCGCUUUCUCACCGCCUACUUCCUCCGGGAAGGCGCUGGCACGCAGCUAUUGCAAGACCAGCGCAUUCUUAGUCUACAAGGAGCAAGAUGCAUAGGAGAUGCUGCAGAAGAUGUUACAUAUCUGAAACUUCUCUUCCCAUUGUAAAAAUUGUUUUGCUGGGGAUAUAUGUGAAACAUAAACAGGCAUGUUCUGUUUUUAGUGUAAGUCUAAGCACCAGAAGCAGUGCGUUUUUGCAGGAUCUCUAUGUAUUGACACUUUGGAUUUCCUGAUCA